GAGAUGCCCUGCCUUCCAUCAGAGUAAGGCUGGCUGUGAGCCUAGGCGGUGCAGUCAGACAUGGCAAGAAACCAACCCAAUACAGAACCGAGGUCUGCAAGGAUGAGGGACUUUGACCCCCUUAGAGAAAAAGCAAGAGUGACUCACAGGAGGAAGAGAAAAACCAAAGUUCCCGGGCUGUCCCCCAUGAGCAUAGACAGUCCAAAGUCAUCAGAAGGAAGAGGGAAACAGAGCUGGCCGGGAGCUGCCACAACACCCAUGCAAAUGAGACCCGCCCACAGCUGCCUGGAAACCAGGCCCAAAAGAAGUGAGAGCGCAGAGCACAUGCUGCAGGGCCACCUUGGGGACUGGACGAGGAGACUCUGAGAAGCAGCUCCUGACACGCAGUGGGUACUCGACAACUUACUAAUUGUGGGAUGGAUGCAUGGUCCACAGAAGAAGGCCUUCGUAGGCAGGUGCGCUCAGGAGGCUGCAACCCCGGGCCACCUGGCAGCUGCAGGUGCUGCGUGUGUGCUGCCAUGGAGACGGGCCCCGGGGUUGGUGGCUGGUGGAGAGGAGGCGGGCUCCCAAAGCUCUGUGGACUCUGGAGAGGGAGAGACGGAGCCUCGGGUCUGUCGGGCAGCCUGACCACCCCCGUCCCCAGGAAGCCCAGGCCGCCCGUGUCUGACCUGAGGAUGGCGGAGCGGCAGGGCCAGGAGCCCGAGUGCCCUGUCUGCUGGAACCCCUUCAACAACACAUUUCACACCCCCAAGGUGCUGGACUGUUGUCACUCCUUCUGCGUGGAAUGCCUGGCCCACCUCAGCCUGGUGACUCCAGCCCGGCGCCGGCUGCUGUGCCCACUCUGUCGCCAGCCCACCGUGCUGGCCUCUGGGCAGCCCGUCACGGACUUGCCCACGGACACUGCCGUGCUCACCCUGCUUCGCCUGGAGCCCCACCACGUCAUCCUGGAAGGCCACCAGCUCUGUCUCAAGGACCAGCCCAAGAGCCGCUACUUCCUGCGCCAGCCCCGGGUCUAUACGCUGGACCUAGGCCCUGAGCCCGGGAGCCAAACUGGGCCCCCCCAGGACAUGGGCCCUGCCACCAGGUCUCUGCCCGUUCCCAUCCCCAGCCACUACUCUCCGAGGGAGUGUUUCCGCAACCCUCAGUUCCGGAUCUUUGCUUACCUGAUGGCUGUUAUCCUCAGUGUUACUCUGUUGCUCAUCUUCUCCAUCUUUUGGACCAAGCAAUUCCUUUGGGGUGUGGGGUGAGCAUUGUUUCUGGACAAAGAACCAAGCUUUUUUUUUUUUUUUUAAUAAUUUUUUAAAAUUCUUUUUAAAGAGGCUCCAUGCCCAGUGCGGAGCCCAAUGCGAGACCUGAACUCAUGACCCUGAGAUCAAGAUCCAAGCUAUUGAGUCAUACACUUUUAACCCACUGAGCCACCCAGAAGCCCUGGAACCAAGCCUCUCUUGACUGCAGCUGGAGAUGGGGACUGCAGGGCCUCACUGGGGGUGGUCUUCCUUUGUAGUAUUGUUCAUUUCUACAGUUAGUCCACGUGGUUGCUCUGGGAACAGAGAUCCCUACUAGGAGAACCUCUGAAAGUUAAAAGGCUGGGAAAAGACCUGAAGAGAACUUGGUGUGAGCCACGGGGCCAAAGAAGGGCAGAGAAGCAGAUCUGUGAUCAUAGGGCUAUGGAGCAAUUUGUGCCAAAGGGCUGGACCAUGUAUCCAGGGGCCUGACGAGCCCAGAGGGAAAGUUGCAUUUCUCAACACAGUUGCUUUGAACUCAGUUCACAUUUGAGUUGCUUUUUUUGUUACGUGUUGCUAAAAUCUUGGAAAAUGAGCCUCAAUUCUGUGAGCAAAUGUGUAUGCCUUGUCUUUCAGUUUUCUCUUUGGAAGUCUGGUCACCAGUCCUAGGGAAAAAAAAUGGGUGCACAUUCACGAAUUCCUGCACUUACUCAUUUGACUAUCACUUAUUUGGCUGACGUUGUCAGAACUAGAGGAAGGUAAGGGUGGGAUUACCCAUGGGUGACAGAGUCUUUACCAGCAAGGACGGCAUGUUCACUCAGCUGCUUCUUGUACAAGACAACCUCUUGUCAGUAUGUGGUUUGUGGAGUGUUAAGAGGAUAAAAGUUUAAAGGUGAAAAGAAACCAGGGUCAGUGGAUCGAAAAAAAUCUAGGAUUUGGAGAAAAGGUGUUUAUUCCUCCUGGCAGGUGCAGAGGCCCCGAUUAAGCCUGGAUGUUGGGUAGAGUUGACUUCCCUCCUCCAGACAAUAGAAUUUUGACCUCAAGAGGGAAACUAGAAGCCUUAGCUUCCAUCCCAGGCCAUGCAGACAGGAGACCCUGGUCUUCAUUUUUCUGUGACAGAACCAAGGCAAACCAGAUGCUUCGGCUGACUACAAGUCGCUCUCUGCAGGAUCUAAAACCCUUUCUGCUUCCAGUUUUUUUUUUUUUUUAAUUUAUUCAUGAGACAGAGAGAGAGAGAGAGAGAGAGAGAGGCAGAAACACAGGCAGAGGGAGAAGCAGGCUCCAGCAGGAAGCCCGAUGUGGGACUCGAUCCCGGGUCUCCAGGAUCACACCCUGGGCUGAAGGCGGCGCUAAACCACUGAGCCACCCGGGCUGCCCCGCCUCGCUUCCCGUUUUAAUAUUGCCCGGUGGGCCCAGGGCUCUGGAACAGUCUCGAAGUGGUUAAAACAUUAUCACCAUUAUGAGAUGUUGAUUUGUAGAAGUAACUUUCAGAGAUCAGAAACUGAGUCAGUUUUAUUUGCUCUAAAUAAAAUUUUCUGCUUAAUGGAA